AUGGACUCAAAGCGCCAGCAUCUACAGUACUUGUUAAAUCUAUCAGUCUCUACGUAUCCAAUUAGUCCGUCUUUGUCAAGCCAUUAUUUGCGAAAAUUAUAUGAGUUGAUCGAAGAAUGGGAUUUGCCAAUGGAACCAAAUACGCUGCUUAACGGAUGUAAAAAAUGCGGAAGUAUUUUUAUAUUUGGAAAAAAUGCCUCUGUGCGUACACGUUCGCAACAUCGAAAAGAAAGAUCAGACCUACCAAAAGGACAAAUUGCAAGGAUGGAAACAGGCUGGUUCAUCACGUGUAAUAGUUGUACCAGUACAUUUGAGUUUUCUGUUGGUGCCCCAGCAAGGCUUCAUAAAAGUAGAGCCGCCUUGCAUGCCAGUGAAGCUGCUGAUGCUAGAAGGACAGAGGAAGCCAGUACUCAACAGGCAAGUUUCGAUAGUGCCAAGACAUCGAAAAAUAUGAAAGGUAGACAACGACAGAAGUUUCGAUCUUCAGGAUUAAAUGGGGUCUUGGCUAAGAAAAAGGAGCGCGAGGCACAAAAUAAGUCUUCUUCCUCAUUGAGCCUCUCAGACUUCAUGUCUACUAUUUAA